UUCCCUAAUAGCGUUAGCGGUUCGUGUUCUAUUAGAAUGUUUAAAUAGCGCGGCCUUUUACUGUACUGGGUGGGUACAUAGAAGGGGCAAAGAUGAGCCGUGCGCUAUGUUUUCUAAACAAUAUCGAAUCAGUAUCGUUCUAACGUCGUUUGUGAUGGCGCCAUGCUGAAUGCGGUCGCGAAUUUGCGAUGUAAACGUAGUGCCUAUUUACGGUACCUCGCACUCGUGUAAUUAUGUAGAUUUUAUCAAAUGCUAAGAAUUUUUUUUCUAACGUAUGCCAGUUUUUAUUUGCCAGUUUUUUUAAUUUAAUUUAAUUUACAAUAAUAAGUGCCAGUAUUUUUUUAUAAUAAUUAUCGUGCGCGCCGCUUUUUCAUGUGGAAUUUUUGAUCGAAGGAGGCUUAAAUGUGCGAUCUAAACACCGCGCCCUUCUCAAGCUAACCUUCAGUGAUAAACAACGCUAGUGCCUUUACGAUCAUCAAUGAAAGCAUUUUCGUCAGCAGCUCAUUAGGGGAUAUUCAUGGUUUUAAUGGACGAAUGUCAGACGGAGGCAAAUCGGUGGGUGGGCGCCCCUCGACCUGGAAUGCCUCCAUCGCCGAUCGCACCCGAGGCCGAAGGUCCGCCGGUCCAAAUGGAACCAGUCGAUCUUAGCGUCAAGACGCCCGUCGUCCUACAGGUCCCAAAGUACCCACCGCAGAGGCUCAAAAAUCCGCCGCCCGCCGCGAAAAUAACGAGCGUCCCAUCGGAAAUUCCUAAAGCAAAUGUGAUAAAACAAGAAUAUUCAACGGCAACUCUCGCACCUACGGCCACCCUACUAGCGCUACAACGAAUAAAAGAUUCGGCAAUCUCAAUCCACAAGCAGACGUGCACGUCCCACGAGACCGUCAACAAUAACAACAACUACGAGGACAGGCAGUUGGAGGACACGACGAUUCGCAGACGAAAAGUGCACCGUUGCGACGUCGUCGGCUGUCAUAAGGUCUACACGAAGAGCUCGCAUCUCAAGGCGCACAAACGGACACACACCGGUGAGAAGCCGUACCAGUGCUCGUGGGAGGGCUGCACCUGGAAGUUUGCACGUUCCGACGAGCUGACCCGGCAUUACCGCAAGCACACCGGGCAGAAACCCUUCAGAUGUCACCUCUGUCAGCGAUCCUUCAGCCGUUCGGACCAUCUAUCCCUUCACAUGAAACGUCACUAGUAUUGUACACGCCUAACCGUCCGUUACCCAUAAUGCACAAAGUUGGUUAUAAGAAAUUUUGAGGAAACACAUCACCGAGCUUACAACCAACUUUGGAACAUUCCCUCUAACUCACAUGGGACACCCCUUUCUUUUACAGCGAAAGUGACAAUGAGGUCCCAUACUCAUCAGUAGUAUUAAUUCCUAAUAUAGACCAAUUUGUAUAUAAGAUUAACUCGUUUAAUAUAUUUUAUGGAAUGGAUCCAAUUCCGAUUAGUGAUAUUUUAAUUAAGUACCUACACUGUAAAAAACAAAUGGAACACGGCGCCAGUAAACAGGCCAAGUAAAGCAUUUAUAAUAGUUUUAGCGUAACUUUAAGGAUAACGUCUUCCAAUCUUUUUUUCUCUAAUUUUUAAGCGAGUAGCAAAAUUUACUUAAGCUUCCCUCCGUUUAUUGCAUUCUCGUCGGACACUAACAAUUUGAAAUACUUGCCAGUUUCCCUACCAAGUGCAAUUAUAGUAUAGGAUAAUUUUAUACAACUUUGAUAUUAUGAACACACCCUUUUUUUUAUUUUUAUGUGUAUAGUAAGUAAUUAACAAUCGCCAGUACUAGGGGCCAGUAUAGUAUAGUGUUAGUUUUUAUCUACCUUAUACCUAUAAUUUAAAACCGAUCUCUAAUAAUGUAAGAGUCUUUUUUCUUACUGAAAUUCUACUGCGUGCAAAGGGCAUUGAUGUCAAGUCGAGACAUUAAAAAGACAAUUUAUAUGAAUCACCUGUAUAUUUAGGGUACCUACUGUAAUUACUUGUGAAUAAUAAGGGUAGUUUUCUAAACAGUUUGUUAUGCAUUGGGAUAUAUUUAUUAAUGUUGUAUUUAAGCUGUUUCAAUAAAUAUGUGGCAGGGUU